AUGCUCAGCCUCGCACAAGUGGACGGUAAACUCGUCCUCCUCGGGCUCCCUCCCUCUCUUUCCCAAGCUCUCGGCAUGAUCUCCCCAGCUCCUCGAGCAGCGUCAGUAUUUUCAGAUCCGCUCUUGGGCGGCGAGCAGGGAGUGCAGAUGUUGCAUUACCUUCGGAAAAGCGAGGUGGAUAAGCCCGAGGAGGAGGUAGUGGAGCGUAUGUGCAGAACAUGGGAUGUUGGGAGUGAUGCAGUGAGGCUGGACGAGAAGGUCCGGGAGUAUGAUUUGGAGGUCGAGCAAUACAUCGAGGCAGCGCAAACGAAUCCGACCUUCCUGGUGGAAAAUUACCACCGAGCCGUCAAGUCUUACGAUCUUAUGGUCAACAUCCGUAUGGUUGAGGCUGUGGUCAAUAUCGAGAAGACACUUCAGCUCGUUGCAAAGGGCAAGAGCAACGGCACUGUAAUUAAAAGGUGGAAGAGCAAGGUAGAUAGUAGAGAUAUACAAGGGUUGGCGGAUAGUGUUGAAGAAGCUAGCGCGCACAAAGCGAAAGGCAAUACGGCCGGGAAGGCAAGCAAGUAUGAUGCUGCUAUUAAACACUAUCUUGAAGGACUCGUUGCUCUCUGGCCAUGGACGGCAAACUCGUCCAUGUCGUAUGGUACCGCCACAACCACCGGCCUCGCUCAAAUGGAGCAAGCACUACUAGGUAACAUAGCAAUCAUAGCUCUCAAAACACAGUCCAAAACGGGUCCCAAGCGAGCUGCGUGGGAUGAGAUAGCCAAGAUUGCCUGUGAGCUGGUGUUGAUGAUGCGCUAUAUACCGAACGGAACUAUCAUGAAGGCCGCUGAAAGUGGGUAUGAUUCUCCUGCGGACUUUGUGUACGCUGAAAACCUCCUAGGACUUGCGCAGAUCGAGACCAGGACCAAGCGAGUCGGCCGCAUGCCUAACGGUGCUUGGCAAGAGCUCGUCAACGUCGUCAAAGACAAGCCGUCGGAUCACUGGGCUCAUCGACAGUGCUAUACCAGUCACGACUGCUGCGAUUACGACUAG